AUGAAACCACGCAUGUACUACGAUGAUGCCGCUUGGGAGAAAAGUGAAGAGAUCUCUGAAGCCUGGAUAGCCCAAUUUCUCGACGUUGGUAUUUUACGACAUCUCGGACGUUUCCUGGUCAGACAUCACGAACCCGACAAACCGGAUUCAUUUGAUUUUCUGGAAAAAGGAGCUUACAAUAUCUCUUUUCAAAUGUCAUACAAAAAUACUAGCUCUGCUAUCAUACGUCUCCCACAGCCUGGUGCCACUAUGUUUCCCGAAGAAAAGGUCCGCAAUGAGGUCGCUACAAUGCGAUACAUUCUUGACCGGACUUCAAUCCCAGUUCCUUUUGUCCUUCAUUGGGGUACUCGAAAGGAUGGACCUGUAGACCUAGAGUUGGGGCCGUUCAUAAUCAUGGAAUACAUGGAUCACCAUACGAAUAUGUACGAUGUCCUUAACAUGCCAGGUCGCCCAAAAGCAUCCCGUGGUAUACUUGGCCGGGAUUUUGACGAAGAUAAACUAGAGGGGCUAUACGGAGAGCUCGCAAAUAUUCUGCUUCAGCUUUCUCAGCCUUCACUUUCUCGUAUAGGUUCACUUAGCCAGAUUGAUGAUUUCAACUGGGAAGUGGCAUACCGACCUCUUUCGAUGCCUCUGAAUGAACUUAUUCGAGUAGGAUUGCUGCCCCAAGAGGGUUUACCAGGCCUGGACACUACAUUCGAUACAGCGUCGUCAUACUUCGAGAGUUUAGCGGAGCUGCAUAUUGUACAUCGUAUGAACCAAAGAAACGACGCCGUUGACUCAGCCGAUGACUGUCGACGAAAGUUCGUCGCUAGAUGUCUUUUCCGAAAACUCGCCCGAGAAAAAAAACUUAUAGAACGAUGGGCAUCUUUUGAAAAUGGGCCGUUUAACCUCUGGUGCGACGAUUUGCGACCAGGGAAUGUCCUUCUCAACAAGGAAUCAAAAAUUGCGGCAGUCGUGGACUGGGAGUUCACGUACGCUGCCCCCGUUGAAUUCUCCUACGCACCACCUUGGUGGCUUCUUAUUGAAAAGCCUGAGUACUGGCCCACAGAAGGCGGUCUUGAUGACUGGUGUAUAGGGUUUAAGUAUCGACUCGAGACAUUCCUAAAGGCUAUGAUCAAUCGCGAGGACGAAGCGAUCAGGAAGCGUCAACUGAACGAAAACCAAAGGCUUUCUGGCCCGAUGCGAGAGAGCUGGGUGAGUGGGGAUUUCUGGAUUGCGUAUGCCGCGAGGAACAAUUUAGCAUUCGAUGCGAUAUACUGGCAAAAGAUUGAUGGGCGAUUUUUCGGACCAACUAGGUUUUCUGACCCCGCCGAUGCAUGGAAGGAGAGACUUGAGCAUUUGAAUGCCGAGGAGAGAUGUGAUAUGGAACAGCUUGUUGUCCAGAAACUAGAGGAGAUGAAGAGUAGAGUAUUAGUAUGGGAUCCGGAUGAAUAUACACUAGGUCAUAUAGAUAUCGCUAAGAAGGCGGGGGAAGAAAGCAAGACCAAGCAGGGGACGGCUGAUGAAGUGAGAACCCUGUUCAUAUUGAAGUAG